UACUUGACUCAUGGGCGUUCUGCUCCUGCAACUUGUUCUUCUUGCUGCCUUCUCAUCCACAGACGCGAGUAACGGCAAGCACAAAGUACUAAUCCUAGGCGGUGGCUUGGCCGGUCUGCGAGUGGGGCAAGUCCUGCAUCAGCAGGGCGUUACGGAUUUUCUCAUUCUCGAAGCUGACAGCAAACUAGGAGGCAGGUUUCUUUCCUAUUGCAUGCCUGGAGUGCCUGCGUGCGUGAGCGACAUCCACGUGGAGCCGUCCCUGGCGUCUCCGCAUCCAAUUCGUGACUUGUUGGACAACUGCAGCAUCGCGUACGCUCCCGAAGUUCAGACCACCUUCAAAUCAGUGGAUGAUGACGGGAAGGACGUGACUGCAGAGGUUUAUGAGGCCUUUACACGCCUUGGAGAGUCAACAACUAGUCUUUGGGCUAAUUGGUCUCCAGAUGAAGAUGAUAUGGAUCUGCAAGGUGCAUUUCGAAUCUAUAACUGGCACCCCGUAACUCCAGUAGAUUGGGCAGUGGACUCAUUGUACUCAGACAUCCUCUACGCCGUCAAACCAUCAGAAUUGUCGACUCAUACGUACAUAUCUACUCUGUCUGCGUCGUACGCAACAGACGGUUCACUCCAUAUCUACACCAUCAGAAACUCGUACAAUGGCAAUCAAGAGCUUGUCGACUGUUUGAAGCAAAGUUACUUGACCGACCCAGACGAGCGUGUGAAGCUGAACACAACAGUGACUGAAAUACAAUACAGCGAGUCAGGUGUGGUGGUCACCACAUCGGAUGGAAAGACGUAUGAGGCAGACUUUGCCGUCGCCACGUUCUCAUUGGGUGUCAUGCAACAGGAGGCGGUCACUUUCCGUCCCUCCCCCAAUUAUGCUAAGAGAAAAGCGAUCAAUAAAUUCCGUAUGGGUUAUUACGCGCUCCUCUAUUCUCAGUUUUCUACCAGAGUCGACAGUUCCAUUGACAGAUCGAGUUCUAACAACCAACCUGUCCAUUAUGUGAACGUGUCGCCUCAUCGUAAUGUUUACCACUUCUUUUACGACGUUUAUGAGACUAUUGAGGAGAAGGUGGAUCACUCGAGCGGUUUCAAUCUUUUUUCUAGCUGGAUUUCAGGCGAUGACGCUCUUAGGGUGGAAACACAAGAGAUAAAUAAGACAACAGCGGAAUUGACGGAGAUGUUUCGUCGCUUUUUUGGUAAAUCUACUCCCGAGCCUAAAGUGUUUGUCAGUCAAGCCAAUACCAAUCCUCUCUAUUAUGGCGCCAUUCCGAGUUUUCCUAGUGGAGCGACGGAUGAAGAUUACGACAAGCUGAGGGAACCACUUGGCAGAGUGUUCUUUGCUGGAGACGCUUAUUAUAUGACUGCAAGCUUGAAUGGUGCCACGCGUGCUCUCUACAGUGGAAAUGAAACAGCAAUGGCGGUGAUUGAAUGUAUGAAUGGAGGCUCCUGUGCUAUGAGCAAGUUUGCUGCAACACCACCGGAAAAGCAAUGUCCCACACCUGGAACAGGGAGCGGUCACGGUGUUGUGGCCGAUGUUGUCGCUAUUGUCUUCUUUCUAGCAAUGUCCAUCCUAGUUUACUGAUCCAUCUAACGUCCGUUUGUCGCUUGCGUUCUAACUUCUAUAUUCAAGUUUGCCGUUGCAUCGCUGCCUAGCUUUAAAUUUGCUUUUAGUUUAGAGUUUGUAGACUUUGUUUGUUUCCUUAGAUAGUUCGCUAGAAAGUGAAGGUGUUGCUUGUGUAAGUGUUCUGCUAGAGAUAUAGCGUUAGGGAGGCGAAAUUGUACAUGACAGUGCAAGUCUAAUACGA